AUGGACAUUCGAGAGAAGAAAAGACGUCAACUGGAAAAAGAUUUCACAGAAACAGGAGCGGUGCUUAACAUCUGUCUCACUGAAAAGUUUAGUGAUGUGAAUAAGAUUUUGAAUACGUAUGGACUUGUUUCACAGCGUGUUAGGGAUAACAAGAUGUCUGUCGCUAAAAUACAACGAGAUCUUAUCGAGUGUAAAAGUUUGUUAUAUUGCAACAGGGAUGAACUAAGAAGACUGUGGCUGGAACUUGUAGAACAGAGACGCUGUUUAGAGUUGGUAGACCAGGUAGAUCGUCUACGUUCUACCCCAGAUGCGUUGAACUAUUUAGUAUCCGCUCGUGCUUGGUCUGAAGCUACUUCCUUAAUGAUUAACUCUAAUGAUGUGCUGGAAUCAGAAAUUGCCUCAAUACCUGCAGUUCAAACGCUGAAAACUGACCUUGCACAUAAAAACAAAUUUCUUAUUGACGAGUUGAAAAAAGAAUUGAAUCGUUUGCUUUAUGAUAAACCGUGUAUUUUAGCUUUGGAUAUGCGUCUUAGAAGUUCUUCACGAGAUAAAUCAGUUCGUACUCAUUCUGAUUUACGAAAUAUCAACGCAUUGAAUACAGUAGCUGUGACACAUUUUGUUAGUUUACCAUUAUGUGAUUGGCAUAAUGCAUCAAUUAAUGAACCGGUAGUUGAUGAAAAUCUCUAUAAAGAACCUAGAACAGUAGCUACAGUGAUUGCACGAACUGCUGCUGCAGCAGCCGCCGCAUCAUCAGCCACAUCACAUCAUCAGCAGCAUCCUAGUGCCUUGUCUCAUUCGGAUUGGAUACGUGAAAUUGUCGCUGUAACACAUUGUCUUAUGCGUUUGCAAAAAUUACCACAGUAUCUAGGUAAUUGGCGUCCUCAAUCGUAUAUUUCACAUAUAGCUGAAAAUAGUCAUGUGUUUACAGCGCCGUUGAUUUUAGGACAAGGUUUAAUUGGUGAGAUUCAUCGUUCAAUUGUUUUGAAAAUAAGUAAAACCAUUGAAAAUCGAGCAAUUGCUGCAAAUGAUACUGUACCAUUGUCAGAACUGAAUUCACCUAGAUAUUUAAUUCAAUUAUUGGAAUUAGUAUUUGAUGCUUUAUUUAUGCAAGCUAGAGCAUGUCUUCUUGUGCUGCGUACAUUGAAUGCAGUGAAACAAAAACAUGUCAGAGCUUCCAUAGAACUACAAGGUUUAACUACUCAAUAUAUCUGGUCAUGUGUUCAACAUGAAGUAUAUUGUGUUCUAUUAACACAUUUGAAUAAUAUUACACCAACUGAAUUAAAUGAAUUAUCACUUUCAUCAAAUAAAAAUGGUUUAUUCAAGCUACAAGCACGUAUUAGUAAAAUCGGUAUUGCUAUUGACGGUGAAGAUGUAACAACAACGGAUAAUGAUCAUUCCAGUGCGACAUUAGAUUUAAGCAAAGUUGAUUUGAAUGCAUUAAUGGGUCGUAAACGUAUUGGAGCAUUUAAUUUUGCAUCAAUCACUGGUUCAUCUUCAACAACAACAGCAACUACUACCAAUACUACUACUAAUACUACUUCUACUGCUACCGCUUCUAUGAUCUCAACCAAUACUAAUACUAUUCCUACUACUGCUACUAUUACUAAUAUCAAUUCUACUAAUACUACUACUAUUAUGACACGAGAUAAUCAAUCGAAUAUGAAUACAGUUACAGGAAAUAUUACUGCAACUAAUCCAACUGUUGCAACAAAUCAAGGUCAAAGUAAUAAUAAUGUACCAUUAUUUAGCUUUUCUAAUGCAUCACAUUAUCUUGGUGUAUCGACGUAUUUAUCAGAAAGUCGGGCAAUGGAUAUUUUUGUUUUACUUAUCAUCACAGCUCCAGACGUCUUGACUUCUGUUGUAUCUCAACAAACUGAACGUGAACUGAAUUUGAAUAGACCAAUUCUUAUGAUUGUUUAUAUCGUGGAUCAAUGUUUAAAUGAAGUAAGAAAAAUGUGUAUAGCUUUACCGGAAUUUUCAAAUGGUUGUUUACAAAUUGGUUUAACAAUUUUAGAAGAUUUUAUUACUGCUAUUUGGCGAUUGUAUAAAAAUAUAGGUGAAUUGGAAACAGGUUUAGCUUUACCCAGUUCAGAAUGGUCAAAAGAUGAUGAUGUCAGUCGAUUUUGGAAAAAAUUCCCAUCAUGGCAACGUAUGGCUACGCAUGAAGCACGUUUAUUAGCUAAUAAUACAAUUAUGGAGAAAUCAUUGGCUAAAAACAAACCAUAUAAUCAUCAUGAGAAUAACAAUAAUAAUAAUAAUAGUGCCAGACUAACCACUAGCAAUUAUUCAUCUAAUAACGCGCAAAAUAAACGAUUCGACCAGAAAGCCCAACUAACCACUACUCGUGAAAAAAUCAAUGAAAAUGAUGUCAACAUUACACCAGUGUGUGCAAUUGCUUUAGGCUUAUAUAAUAGCAAUAAUAAUCAUCAUCAUAAUAAUCAUAAUGAUACAAUUGGUUGUAAUAGUAUGAAUAUGAAUAUGAAUAUGAUGAUACCAAAUAUGAUACCAUUUGCUAAUGGUUUAAAUAAUAAUUCUGAUAAUAGUACUACAGAUCAUGCAGAACAUGGCUUGGAAUAUAUGAAUUUACAUGGAAUAAUACAUGAACGUGAAGCAACUAGAUUAGCUAUGGCUGAAACUGAUCAAUUAAUUCAUAUGAUCAAAGAUGAAUUACCAGUUAGUGAAAAAAAAUCUGAUCAAAUUCUGCCAACAUUACGUAAUAUUCAAUUAAUUAAAGCAUUAGGUCGAUUAACUGAAUCAUUGUGUUGGCUAUGUUAUCGUGUAUUGAAUUUAGAUACAUGGAGUCAAAUGUCACGAAAAUCAUUAAGUAAACCGUCAUCAUCAUCAACAACAUCAUCAUCGACUGAUAGAAAUGAAUUGUCAUCAUCAACACCACACAUUACUAUGAGUACCGGUGGUGGUGGUGGCGUUGGCGUCGGUGGUCGUCGUGGUGGUAUUUGUAUGCCAAGUGAAUAUUAUUACAAUUCAUUUAUUGUUUGUGCUAAAGAAUUGAAUCGUUUCUCCGAGGCAUGUCUAUUAAUGACUUAUUUAGAAGUUAGAAUACAAGCUUAUAAUUCAUUUGGUACAUUACCGGAUGAUGUCAUUUAUUGGUGUCCAUUAGAUGAUGUGGAUGUAGAUAAAUAUGUGACAGAUUUUCUUGGUUAUAUUGAACAAGUCAAAGAUUUAUCUAUACAUACAUUUAGUCGACAUAAAUUUCGGUUCAUUUUUGAUGGUCUUGGUGAUUUUAUUUCACAAUUGUUACUACGUUUAAUUCCACAAAUUGAAAGAAUGAAUUCAAAUGGAAAUAAGAAAAUGUGUCGAAAUGUGUAUCGUUUACAACAAGCACUAGCUACUUUAACUGAAACGCAUGAAUCUGAUUUAAUUCGAGUGAAACAAUUAUAUGAAUUAUUCUUUUUAACACCUGAAGCCGUCGUGAAUCGUUUAAUGGAGCAUGGUAUUGCAUUUGAUCAUACAGUCUAUGCUAAUCUUUUACAUUUAUAUCGACGUAGUCAUUCCACCUAUGCAUAUUCAAAAAUACAAAGUUGUAUUGCUCGUCUGACCACAGUGACACAUAGUGGACAAAUUUGAAAUUAUUAAUUGAGAAGAUGAGACGAGAGAGUAUUUUUAACAUUCGAUGCAUCAUACCAGCAUACUCUUACAAAUGUUGGUGUUGAAUUUGGUUGUGUAGAAGACUUCUUCUUCUUUAUUUCAUGAGAACCAAUGAAAGUUGUUGCUUUUUCUAUUGAUUCUGCCUAUUUGUGACAUAAUCAAAUGCUUCUUUUUUUCUUCAAUUCACAUUGUCAGUUUUUUUUAAUUUUUUUGUCUUGUUGCACACUCACGCACACACCGACACACACACACACACAAGAGAGAGAGAGAGACAUUGAAAUUUUCGCGCUUCUUUCAACAAUACACGAACAAACAAACAAACAGUUUAUCGACGGGGGGGGAGAUUCUUUUUUUGUUUUCUUUGAACAGAAGAAACUGUGAUUUAUGUUUGAUGCAGAAGACUAAUUUGUAAUAAUAAUAAUAAUAAUAAACUUUUUAUAUCAUAUA